AUGGUUCUUCCCCCGGGCUUUCAAGCAGAGAAACCGAACCAGGUUUGUAAGUUGUUGAGAUCGUUGUAUGGCCUAAAGCAGGCGAGUCGACAAUGGAAUGUCAAACUCACGGCAGCCCUCCUAAAUUAUGGUUUCAAGCAAUGCAUCGCUGAUCCGUCUUUAUUCACUAAAGGAACGGGCAGCAGCUACAUUGCCCUUUUGGUAUAUGUUGACGACAUUCUAGUAGCAAGCAGUGAAUUAAUUCUCAUCCAACAACUGAAGGACGUACUGGAUAAAGCUUUUAGAAUCAAAGACUUGGGUGUUCUAGGCUAUUUUUUGGGUAUUGAAGCCAAAGUUUCCACUGCCGGUUUGAACUUGUGCCAAAGGAAAUAUGCAGUUUACAUUUUAAGUGAUGCUGGAUUCACUGAUUGUAAACCAGUAAAUACACCUAUGGUUCCGGGAACCCAUCUAUUCCAAGAAGAUGGCACAGCUUUGACGGAUCCGGGAAGCUAUCGGCGAUUGAUUGGUAUAUUGUUAUAUCUCACGGCCACAAGGCCGAAUAUCACAUACACCGUUCAUAAGCUCAGUCAGUUUGUUAGCUCACCUACUGAUAGGCACAUGGCCGCCGCGCAUCGUAUUCUCCGUUAUAUCAAAGGUUCUCCCAGUCAAGGACUGUUUUAUCCAGCAACAACCACUCUUCAACUCAAAGCUUUUUCUGAUUCUGAUUGGGCUUCUUGCGCUGACACUCGCAAAUCCGUUACAGGCUAUUGUAUAUUUCUUGACACAUCUCUCAUCUCAUGGAAAUCGAAGAAAUAG